UUUGGGCAUGCGAUGGCAUAGCGUAUCAUGGCUGGAGUGCAUGGUGGAGGACUGCUCACCUCAUGGUGGCUGCUAGGGGUCAGAAAGAGGAGGCUGGCGUCCAAACAACCCCUUAAGGGAAGUCCUCAGUGACCUAACUUCUUCCCCUUAAGCUCUGUUCUCUAAGAGUUCCUUCUAUCCCACUAGUACUCUGGUCUGUUUCCACGUGGACCUUGGGGAACCCAAAAAAACCACCAUGAUUUCUGUGUUGAAUUCACGGUGGGGCAGUAAUUACUUUCCCUCUUUGCUAUGAUCAAAUACCCCCAAAGUAGCACUUUUAGUGAAGAAAGGUUCUUCUGGCUUACAGUUCAUGGGGCCAUACCCCAUCACGGUGGGGAUGUAUGCAGCAAGUCAUUGCUCACGUGAUCAGGAAGCAUUUAGAGGACUGGGAACUGAGCCUAGCUGACUCUUGAGUACUAUCUUGAGUACUUUCUAUACCCGUAAUAUGUACAAAUUCUAGGCUUGGCUCUGACUGGACAGAUUAGGGCCAUGUGACCAAGCUUGAACUAAUCACAGUCUGCUCACGUGCCCAUGUAUGUGUAAGAGUCAGAAUGGGGAGUGGGCCCAGAUCAGCUGCUCUGGUCCCUCAGUUGGAUGGGGUCAGGAAGAAGGAAGGAGCCUCUCAAAGAAAUAUCAGAAGAAAAGGAAGUUUGCUGGGGAGAAACAACUGACGCCACUGGUGCUAGCAGGGCGUAUAGCCCUCAACUUUUCCACAUCCUAUGCUAUCUGGCUGCACUUGACCCUAAAGAAAGAUCCACCCAUUAGAGAACAAGAAUUGUUCUAUGCUACUGACAUCAUGAAGUAUUAGUAGUAACAGUUGCUGUUUAUUGAGCAUCUCUUUACUUCUCACAAGGGUCUGACCUGUGUAUACUGUUGACAAGCCAGCUGGGUUCUUAGGCUUCAGUCUUGGGGAACAGAGAGGUCCCUGGCCUUGCUCCCAAGAUUGGAGUAAAUUACCAGUUGUAUUUGCGGUUUGUUUAUUUUUUACCAAUUAAUAACCUGUAACAACUACUGGCAUGAAAGGACAUACCAAUUUUAACAGAGUUGUCCUGGGUUCUUCUCUGAGGUACACCUAGGAAAGGAUACACAUCUAAGCAUACAUAGACAUGGGUCACAUCCAAUUCCUUGAAGCUACAGAACGGGGUCCCCAGUUCCUUGUUUCAUGUCGGCCUCCUCCUGCCAGCUCACACAGCAGCAAGGAAAAGAGACUUAGCAAGACAUGAAUUACGUUUCUUGAGUAACACCGUCAUGGGUAUACACAAUCACAUAUAUCCUGUCAUGGUUCCUAUUCUUUAGAAGUAAGUCUUGGGAGUGCCCCUCACUAGGAAGAGGUCACACAAGGGCAUGGGAACCAGAGAUGGAUCACGGGUUCCCCUAGAGUCUGUAAGAGACUAUGUUGAGUGCACACAAGAGAGGUGAAAGGGUGAUAAAGAUGAGGCCACGGCAGCCACAGAGAUUAGGGACUGCUCCAUGACCAAAAGGAUCAUGACACUGUGGCUGGAGGUGUUCCUGGAAGUUGGCACAGUGGCCUUGAGUCUUGAAGGCAGGAAGGAACUUAAUGUGUCUGGACGUGGUAAGAAUGUGUGUGGAAAAGGGACGGAAGUCCACACCACAGCACUGAGGGGAGAAACUGCAGGAUCCUAUAUGGAAAAAUGCUGUGAUCAGACUUCCAGGUGUUCAUUUCUUUUUCUUUUUUCUUUUUCUAUUUGCCUGUCUCCUCCCCCUCCCUCUUUUCUCUUCCCUGUUUUCCUUCUCCCUCUGCCUUCCUCACUUACUCCUCCCUCCCUUCCUUCCUCCCUCUCUUCCUUCCUCCCUCUCUUCCUUCCUCCCUCCCUCCCUUCCUUCCUCCCUCCCUCUCUCCAUUCUUCCCUUCCUUCUUCUUCUGAUAGGGCACUUCUAUAAUGAACUGGAACUCUAUAUAAUCAAAGCUGACUUCAAACUCUAGUUCCUUCUGCUCCAGCCUCCCAAGGUUUUGGAUUAUAGAUUAUAUUUGGAUUAUAUUGUAAUCUAUGCCCAGAACAGAUUUAGGGUUGUUGGGGACAGGUGGGACACUUAAGAAGUCUGCAAAGGCUGGGGACACAGGAUGGCUGAGGCUUUGACUUACACUAGGCUGGAGGGGAUGGAGACCUUUCUUGUGUGGACACCUAGAGGUGUUUGUUGGUGGGUUGUGUAGGUGGAAAAGAAAAGGGGAUCACAAAGUUGACACCUGUUCAGCUUUAACCCAUCGGUAGCAGUAGCUACUGAUGCUUCCUCCUGAGAUGGGGACUGGGUGGGAAACCCACAUCCCACAUUGCCCCUGUUAGUCUGGCUGUGUGACUCGACACCAAGAGGCUGUGUCAAUAGAUUGCUGACUUAGAGCAGGGUCUCAGCUGGGAUACAAGAUUUGGGAGCAUUUGCAGUGCUUUGCACAACUCUUCUGGGGAGGCUGCUCAGCUACUAGGCAAGAGCUUUUCAAAACACA